AUGCUAGCCUUCCUGCAUGAACACGGGGUCUACCUGAUGGAUUUCAGCUCGAGCACGAUAUGGAUACGUGAUGAUCUCUCGAUUGCACUAUCAGGAUUUGUGAACGCAACCAUCCCGACAGAUGAAUGGCCCUACUCUCCUGACGGGACGAGAUACGAAACAGAGAUCUAUUACCCAACCAAUCCCGACAGUGGGCACCCAGAGCUCAGUCCGAAGAUCGAUCUCUCGGAUUGGGCGACCUUUGUCUGGCAAUUGAUGCGAAAGGAUGCGUCCAGUCAUAGAGCGAAGAGGUGGGCGAUGCCUACCGAUCCAUUGGAUCCGGCAGAGAUGCCCAGGGAGGUGAAUGUAUGGGAGUACCAUAAGCAACGGCUGAAGGAAGGCAAGCUACAGCUUUUAGAAGAGGAACGAUUGGGUCCGAUGCUGGUUAAGGCCUGGAAGGGGAAAUAUGAAAAUGCUCAGGAGAUCCUGCAAGAGGUACGAUCGUAUCUCCAGCAGAUUGGGGUUCAGAUGGACGGAGAGGAUGAGGUCCUUCUAGAUGAUGGGCGAAAGUGGGAGGAUGUAUUCACGGUAGUCCCGACAGAUGGCGCCCGCUGGGGUCGGGAGAUUAGAUAUAAAUAA